UAACAACUAAAUUUACAAACUACAAAACCGGAUUUCUUCUGUUAACAAAAUGUUCGCUAAGCAGCAUGAAUUCUGAAGGUGUUACUAACCAACUUGUCAAACGUCAAUGGUAGAUUUUUGUAAAACAUGACACUCCUCUAAUGUCUGGUGACCAACUUGUAAAUGUCAGUUCUCCUAAAUAUAGACUUUUUCUUUUUCUUGUGGCUUUCUCAUGCGCUUUCAGGAGAGAUUGAGUUAAUAUAAUAACAUUACAUUAGCAGAAGAAAGAAAAAAGGUUAAUUAGUAAAAUAAGACUAAUCAACUGGGGGAGUUAUGAAACAAAUUAUUAUAUGAUUCUAACCUAUAAUUAAUUAAGAAAUUACAUAUAGAAAAGCUGUAUAAUUGAGAUUAAUAAAAUAAAAUAAAAUAAAAAACAACAUAGUUAACUGAUAUAAAAAUGGGAAGAAUAACAGGUUGGAUAUAUCUGAGAAAUCUCUGGAGAGGAGCUAAAGCCGCAACAAAGCCUCUUGUAACACAACAAUCCUGUAACAAAAAUCAUACUCUAAAUGUAGGCAUCAAAACUAGCCAUCAUUUAUUUACUUCCAUGCAUUUCGCCGUCUCUCCCCAUUCUCAACCCCAACUCUUCUCCACAAAUUAAAAAUUAUCACUCCUUACUAUUUCCUUACAUUACCACCUUUGCCUUGCCUCUCACCUUGGGCUGGCGAGGGAAGCUAAUACAUUAACCAUUUCCAUUUCUCGGCGGCUGCCACCACCGCUGCCCCAUAAAAGAUUACACCCAUCAACUAAUUGCACUAUAGAGAUAUAGAAGAUAAUAAUCGACCCAAAAGAUGACUUACAAUGCACAUCCUUUUCAGCUUUUGGAAAUAAAUGUUAUUUCUGCUCAGGAUUUGGCUCCUGUAUCAAAAUCCAUGCGUACUUAUGCUGUAGUUUGGGUUCAUCCUGAGAGAAAAUUAACAACCAGGGUUGACCAGAAUGGCCAUACCAAUCCGCAAUGGAAUGAGAAAUUCGUUUUUCGAGUUGAUGACACGUUCUUGAAUUCUGAAACUUCUUCAAUCAUGAUUGAGAUCUAUGCUGCAGCUUGGCUUCGCGAUGUUCAGAUUGGUUCAGUUAGAGUUCUGAUAAGUAAUUUGUUUCCUUCUCCUACUAAUAAUAACUCAAAAAUGCGAUUUGUUGCCCUUCAGAUUCGCCGUCCAUCAGGUCGUCCUCAAGGUAUCUUGAACAUGGGUGUUCAGCUUUUAGACAAUACAAUGAGAAGUAUGCCUUUAUAUACUGAGCUUAGCGCUUCUGCUGUUGGGUUUAAUGAUCUUAUUGAUGCAAAAACAAGUAAACAGACAAUGGACGAGAAGAAGGGAAGAUUGCGCCGGACGCAGAGCGAUCAUACUGAUCUUACCCUGACUGAUGAGUUUGGCGUAAAAGGGAGUGCCCCGCCUAGAUCAUCAGUGGUCAAUGGUGGCUCAUUAGUUAAUUCUUCAUUGGUAAGACCAAGAACCAGUACUAGCAACGAAAAAGAUAAAAAUAAAGAUCCUUGCACAGCUGAUAACGGCCAUGGUAGCAUGAUAAAUGGAUCGCUUUGCUCCGAUGUAGGGCCUUCUGCAUCAGUAGUAGCAGCAGCAAUAGCAAAAGGAUUGAUUAAACCACCAGGAAACGCAAAUACUCCGACAAGAAGCGGAGGGAGUUCGAUAAUUGAUGACUGGACAGAGAAUGAUAGUGUUGAAGGCCUAAGAACAAAGCUAGAGAGAUGGAGAACGGAAUUGCCUCCAAUAUAUGAUAGUGACGCGAAGAAGAUGAAGUCUAAAAGCAGGCGGAAACAACACCACAGAAGAAGAUCGGACAAUCCAGGAUUGUUUACCUGUUUCGGUAAUGCAUUCGGAUGUGAGAUUUCGAUUACCUGUGGCGGUGGCAGCAGCAAGAAGUAUGGCAAUGGCAAGGUUUGUCAUUUAAGUUCUGUGGGCAGUCAAUCAUAUUUAUGAGUUUAAAAAGAUUGAUGAUGGUGAUGAUUGAAAGGCAUCCAUUUGCUUUUGAGUCAAGAAAAGUACUCAAAUCGAGCAGAUCGAAGGAAAUCUCAUGGAUCUUUUAGGUGUAUUUUAUGAGGGAAUUCUUGUGCAUAUAUAGUUGGCCAAAGGCUUGGAAUAGAAACUUGGAGGAUGCAUACAGAUAAUUGAUGGUAGAUGAUUACCGCAGCUUCUUCUUUUUUUUUUUUUUUUCCUUUUCCUUUCCUUUUCUUUUCUUUCUCAUUUUGUCUAUAUUCUUUGCAAGAAAUUACAUGAGACCAAUGCAAGAUAUUUCAAGCACACAUAAA